AUGUGUUCUCAUGAAAGCUCUGAUGAGUCAGAUGCAAGUUCAUUUUGCGAUCUCCUUCAAUCAGAAUUGUCUUCAGAUUCAGAUGAUUCUGUAUGUGAUAGCGAUAGUAGUUUUGAAAUGGGUUUUAUAAGUUCAAGUACUUUAAAUUCAGACUCUUCUCAUUCUGUAUGUACAGAGAAACUUGAUUCAUCUAAUUUAAAUACUUUACUUAGAUCAGAGCUAGUUGUUAAUGAUUUUGUAAAUAAUUAUACAGAUAAAACUAACACCAAAGAUGCUAAUGAAUCAUCGUCUGACAUCGUUGGUCAAGCUUUAAUAAAUCAUAGAGAAACUCGUACUAGCCAAAAUAAUGUACAAUAUUCAGUUGAGAAUAACUUCAUUGAAUUAAAGUGUAAUUAUGAUUGUAGUAAAUUUAGUGCAGUUUGUACGGUUUGCGGUAAAGCAUUUUCCUCAUCUACCGCUUUAGAUGUUCAUAAACUAGAUCAUUUUGUAUCAGAAUCAUAUUCAUGUGAAAUUUGUAAUCAUAUUUGCAAGAAUAAGGAGGAUUAUGCUCUUCACUUUCAGACUCAUGACCAGAGCACAGUUGUCGCUACUAACACUUUACGAAAUAAAAAAAAAGUAGAUAUCACUUAUUCUUGUGAAAUAUGUGGUCAAAAGUUUAAAUUUUCUAACAGUUAUGAGCGCCAUAUGAUUAAACACGCUUCUUUGUUUGUUUGCAAUAUUUGCAAUGCAUCAUUCCAGUCUCAGUUAUUGUGCCAUCAGCAUAAACUUAAACAUGCAAAGAAAAAGGCAAAUAAAUGCAAGGUUUGUGAUAAAAUUUUUCAAAGACCUCACCAGUUAACUUUACAUAUGCAAGUGCACGAGACUGAAAAAAAAUAUCGAUGCAUGGAGUGUGACUUUGCGUAUUCUUAUAAAACAAGUCUCAUGAGACAUAUGGUCAAGUAUCAUGCACCAGAUUCACCUAAAUUUCAGUGUGAAGUGUGUG